AUGGCCAUCCAGAAAGACUUAGAAAUAAAAUUAAACUAUCCAUACACUGUUAUUAUAAACAGAAAAGAUGGGAAAUGUUCUUUCUUUGCAGGCUGGACACUUAUCGCUCGAUUCUCAAACAGCGAUGGCAAGAAUUGGAUGCGCGAUGAUGGUAAGUGGUGGUAUGACCAGCAAAUUGCCACUGGAGCGACAAACAACCCUUCAGUGAACAACGAUAUGAUCUCAACAGCCUUUUGGUCGGUCAGCGGUAGCGAGAUAAAAAUCACGCGCAGUGACGACCCCAGCCACAUCCCUCUGUUACAGACCACGGGUAACUGUUUGGGCGGACAAACAUUCCGAUCCAAAAUCACAAGUUAUGGCGACUUUAGAAAUGGUAAAGUCUGGGCCAGUGAUCUGUGUCUGGGAAGUUGUACGGUUCAAUAUGGCGGACAGUACAAGUCAACGGACGGGUUUCAACAGGCUGAGUGCAGUGGAACCAUCCAAAGCGCAAACAAGAUCGGCUUCUGGUGUGACUGGAGUACUGGUGAUGGAUCAGUGAUGAUGAUUGGUGGAGGAGGAAGUAGCUGCUAUCGGGCGGACCACGGUGUUGGUAUUACAGAAGCUAACCAAGCCUCUUUGACCAUCAAGUUAUUCCAUCUUUAG